CCGUCUGACCAAUCACAGCUCAGUGCCCUCGGAUGACGUACAAUGUGUGCGACUCGAUUAUCAACAUGCGGCAUGGAUGUGUUGAUUUCAGCCAACGUGUGAAGUGAAAAAGAAGUGAAUUACAUUAUUUCAGCUUCUAAAUAUACACAGGUGUUGGAAUUUUUCGCAGGCAAGAUGGCAAAUACCAACCUUCAAUUCAAAACAAAUUAUGUUGUGGACAGCAAGAUUGAACCGUUUUACAAAGGAGGGAAAGUGCAGAUAAGCAAAGAUGAAAAUUACAUCUUCUGCACUUGUGGAACUCGUGUCAAUGUUUUGGAGAUCAGUACGGGGAAGAUCGUCCACAGUGUUGAGCAUGAGGAUCAGGAGGACAUCACAUCUUUUGCACUCAGCUGUGAUGAUGAGAUGCUGGUGACAGCUAGUAGAGCUCUGCUGCUGAAGCAAUGGGACUGGAGACAAGCUCAGUGUACUCGCUCCUGGAGGGCCAUUCACACUGUUCCUGUAGCCAGUAUGACCUUUGACUCCACCUCAACCCUCCUGGCAACAGGUGGCUGUGAUGGCACUAUAAAGCUUUGGGAUGUGGUGAAGCAGUACUGCACCCACAACCUUAAAGGGUCACCUGGCGUUGUACACUUGGUCCAGUUCCACCCAGACAUCAGCCGGCUGCAGCUCUUCUCCUCCUCUCAGGACUGUGGCAUCCGGCUGUGGGACCUGAGCUCCAGUAAGUGUGUGUGUGUGCUGCAGAGCCACUACAGCGCUGUCACCUCGCUCAGCUUCAGCCCCGAUGGGGACACCAUGGUCAGUUCUGGCAGAGACAAGAUCUGUACAGUGUGGGACCUGAAGACGAAGAAAGCCAAGAGAGCGGUGCCUGUCUAUGAGGCUGUGGAGGGUGUUGUGAUGCUGCCUGUGGAUGAGGACUUGUCUCAGAUUGGAGUGAAGAGCAAAGACAUGCAUUUCAUUACAGCUGGCAGCAAAGGUGAAUUGCGAGUGUGGGAGGCCAGCACGGCGCGUUGUGUUUACGCUCAGACCCUUGGCUCCAGCCUUUCCGCUUCCUCUGAAGAGGAGGACAAAGAGGACGACCCCCGCGGUCUUACACAUCUCCUCCACCUGCCCGCCUCCUCUCGACUUGCCACCGUCACAGCAGAGCACAACAUCGUCCUCUACCAGCUGCCUGCUCUCUCAACACAACAGCAGUUUGUGGGAUACAAUGACGAAGUGCUGGAUGUGAAGUUUCUGGGGAAAGGAGACAGCCACAUAGUGGUGGCCACCAACAGCAGCCAGCUGAAGGUGUUUGAGCUGCUCACCAACAGCUGCCAGAUCCUCUACGGACACACAGAUACUGUCCUCUCGUUGGACGUGUUCAAAAAGAGUUGUCUCUUUGCGAGCUGUGCAAAGGACAGGUCAGUGCGUGUGUGGAAGAUGGACAGUGACAGUGGUCAGGUGCACUGUGUGGCUCAGGGCUCCAACCACGCUAACGGUGUGGGCUCCGUCACCUGCUCCAGGAUGAAAGCAUCUUUCGUAGUGUCCGGCAGUCAGGACUGUACGGUGAAGGUGUGGGAUCUCCCAGCAGACCUGUCCACAGCAGGGGCGGAGAUACAACAGCUGACCCCCCGCGCCACAGAGAAGGCCCAUGACAAGGAUGUAAACAGCGUGGCAGUGUCACCAAAUGACAAGCUGCUGGCUUCGGGCUCCCAGGACCGCACCGCCAAGCUGUGGUCGCUGGCGGUGGAGGGGAGCGUGAGUCUGCUGGGGGUCUUUAAGGGCCACCGCCGAGGCGUCUGGGCCGUCUGCUUCUCUCCUGUCGACCAGGUGCUCGCCUCGUCCUCCGCCGACGGCACCACCAAACUGUGGAGCCUGCAGGACUUCAGCUGCCUCAAGACAUUCGAGGGUCACGAUGCGUCAGUUCUGAAGAUCAUCUUUGUGAGCCGAGGCACCCAGCUGCUCACCAGUGGCUCGGACGGUUUAGUGAAGCUGUGGACAAUAAAGACCAACGAGUGUGUGAAGACGCUGGACGCCCACCAGGACAAAGUGUGGGGUCUCCACGGCAGUCAGAAAGACAACAAGAUUGUGACUGGCUCAGCAGACUCUAACAUCACCGUGUGGGUGGAUGUGACUGAAGUGGAGCUGGCAGAGGAGCAGGCCAAGCAAGAGGAUCAGAUACUUAAGCAGCAGGAGUUGUCCAACCUGCUCCAUGAGAAGAAGUACCUGAAGGCUCUGGGUCUGGCCAUCUCUCUGGACCAGCCUCACACCGUGCUCAACGUCAUCAAAGCGAUCCGCCAGUCGGAGAAUGGCCAUGAGCUGUUGGAGAAGACGCUCCUGAAACUCAGGGUGGAUCAAAAAGAGUCGCUCCUGCGCUACUGUGUGGUUUGGAACACCAACGCCAGAAACUGCCAGAACGCCCAGGCCAUCCUCCAGGUGCUCCUCACACACCUGCCGCCCGAGGAGCUGCUGCAGUACCAGGGCGCCCGAGCCCACCUCGAGGGACUCAUCCCAUAUACAGAGAGACACAUGCUGAGGAUCGGCAACCUGCUGCAGGCGUCCAUGUUCCUGAACUACAUGUGGCAGAAGAUGAGAGUGGCCGGAGCACCAGCCAGCAUGGGCCAAGAUGAAGACAUGGAUACCACUCCUCUUGCACAGCCUUUCUUUAGGAUUGACAAGGAGAAAGGAAUGGGCAGCGACGGUGAAGAGAAGCAAGAUGGGGAUGACAGUGAUGGUGGACAAGAUGAAGAUCUGGAUCAAAAAGAAGAAGAUGAGGAGGACAAUGAGGUCAGUGCCACCAAUAAAUCAACCAACAACAACAACGGUGGAAUAGGCGCCAAAACAAACGGCAACCACCACUCUGAAAGUGAGGAGAGCUCAGAAGAGGAAGACCCCGAAGAAGAGGAUCAGACAGCGGUAAAGGUGGUGAAAUGUCUCCCGGUUUCUUCCGCUCCAGAAUGCCAGACUUCAGCCAGCUGACAGGGGUCUCAAAGCUGAAAACAGAUGACUCCUGGAGGGAAAGAAAAGGGGGUUGUCUCAUCUCGGACCAUUAGCUGGUGUGACACACUGACUGAGUGUCAGUGUGUGAAGAGACGCAGAGACAGAAGUGGGAUGAUAGUGAUACAGAUAAUAACCCUCUCUGUGCAUUCCUAAGUCUCAUGCCAGUCACUGAGUUGGAAAAUAGGAGAGACAGAGCUGCAGACACCAGCAGCUAUUGUCUAGCUCUGCAUAGUCCUGAUCUACCGGUUCAACCACAACAACAGAAAAUGUUCCUCCUAUAACCACAGAUUUUUUUAUGUCAUGACUACAAAUGUUUAUGAAAUUAAAGUCUGUUUUUUGUGAUUUAAAA